AUGUUGGGACAAUCCAGCGCCAUUACCUAUCUCGUGCGCAUGCGACCACCCCCGCAGGCCUAUAGGCCCCCUCUACAUCCCGACCUCCAGAGACACCCUGUGAUCGCUGCCGACGGUUGUUGUUUCAUGCUGGCCGAGUCGCCGAAUAAUCUGGGACCCGAGUGCUUGCUGGCUCCCUACAUCUGGCCUCAUGCCCAUCUUGCCCAUUCGUACAACCGUACCAUAGUGGACGUCAAGCGCAAGGUGCAACAACGUCUCACUAUAACUCCAGGAGAGCUGGCCGAACUUCUGGAGGGGAUUGACGGAGCCUCUCAAGAUGCCAUUUACGAGGCUUUGAAGCGCCCAAAGCCCGACUCGGAAAGGAGUCAACUUCCGAAGAGGGGCCGUGAAGGGGCGAAGAGUGCCGGGGUGAGGAAGCAUCGGGACAAGUCCCGUGCGAUGCAGAAGCGGAGAAGACUACUCGUGGCGACGACCGCGUCAUCUCUAGAAGAAAGAAGUACGCAGGUCAAUAGCGGGACAAGUCAAACAGAGUCGACCGCUGCAGACACGGUAAUGGCGAAUGGACACGAUACCUCGAACACAGACGAGUGUGAAUCAUUUGUGUCGGCUUUGCAGGGGCUCAAGCAUAGGUGGGAAGUCCAGUCCCUCUGCUCGGAAAUGGAGUUAAACUUGGUCCUAGAUGAGCAAAAAUCCGGCACAUCCAGGACAGGAGGGUCCGUCUACAGGGAAAGUAUAUAA